CCGUCCCACAUUGUGUUACCUCAUCAUUCAUCAGAUCUGGGAAAGCCUUUGCUGGCUCCUCGGCUCUGCUAGCUUCUUGGGGGCACCUCAAUCUCAGCAAGUUGCUCUUGCUCCACCAAAGGCCACCAACCAUGGCGCUCGUGUCUCGUCUCGUCUCAGCAAGCACGGCAAGGGCGACAUUUGGAGGCGGUCGCUUGCCGACGUGCUAGCUUCUUGGUGAUCUUUCCUGGGAGCUCCUUGGUGUUGGAUCUGACGGCAAGGGUGCCUUACUCAGCUAUGCUUCUUGUACUAAGUUUUCUUCCUAAAAGAUCCACACAUUAAUUGAGAGCGAACAUCAACUCUGCCAUGGACGUGGUGACCAGUGUCAUGGGAAGCCUACUCGCCAAGUUGGGUGAGCUGCUUUUGGCGGAGUACAAGCUACAGAAGGGCGUCAAGGAAGACGUCGAGUCCCUUGAGCUAGAGAUGAAGGGCGUACACGCUGCCCUUACAAUGGUGGCAAAGGUGCCAAGGGACCAACUCGACCAGCAGGUGAAGAUCUGGGCAGAUGAACUCACAGGCCUGUCAUACGACAUGGAGGAUGUCGUUGACAACUUCCUGGUGUACGUUGAGGGGUUCGAUCCAGCAGCCAACUCUCACAAGCUCAAAUUGCUAGUGGAGAAAAUGACCAGCUUGUUCACCAAAGGCAAGGCUCGCCAUCAGAUCGCCAAUGCCAUCAAGGACAUCAAGACCCAUGCCAAAGACCUGGCUGACUGGCAUGACAGAUACAGUAAAGUCAAGGACACGGGCAUAAACAACACCAUUUAUCCUUGUCUAGCGACUUUGUACAAGAAUCAGAAAGACCUCGUUGGCAUUGAAGACCCUCGGGACGAGCUAAUCAAGAGACUGACACAUAGUGAUGGGGAUGUGUCAAAUCAGCAGCUUAAGAUAAUCUCUAUUUCUGGAGCCGGAGGACUCGGCAAGACAACUCUUGCCAAGGCAGUGUAUGAUAGUCUUCAAACAAAAUUUAGUUGCAAGGCUUUUGUUCCGGUGGGUCGAAACCCUCAAGUGAACAAAGUUCUCAAGGACAUCCUCCUGGAACUGGAACCAAGCAAGUCUAUGGGUGAUAUAGCCAUAUUGGAUGAAAGACAACUCAUCAACAAGCUCCGAGAUCUACUUCAAGAUAAGAGGUACUUCAUCGUCAUCGAUGACAUAUGGGAUACAACGGCAUGGGGAAUAAUCAAAUUUGCAUUGUUGGAUAACAAUCUUGGAAGUCGAGUCAUCACAACUACUCGUCUUCAUCAAGUUGCCACAAAGACCGGUGAUGUCUACAAGCUAGAACCACUUUCUCACAGUUUGUCUGAAGAACUAUUCUAUACAAUAUUAUCUGAUGGUAAAGGAAAAUGCCCUUAUGAUCAACCUUCUGACGUAUCUAAAAAAAUUCUACAGAAAUGCGCUGGUGUGCCGCUUGCUAUCAUUGCAAUAGCUAGUUUGUUGCGUGAUAAACCAAUGGAGAAUUGGUCUACACUAUACAGCUCUAUUGGUUUUGGAAAUGGAGAUAAUAAAGAUAUUGAUGACAUGAGAAGGAUAUUAAUGUUUAGCUAUGAUGAUCUACCUUAUCAUCUAAGGCCUUGUCUGUUGCAUCUGAGCAUAUUUCCAGAAGACGCUUUGAUCAUGAAAGACACAUUGAUAUGGAUGUGGGUGGCCGAAGGCUUUGUCCAUGAGGAGCCAGGGAUAGGGUUAUUUGAGAUUGGAGAGAGAUACUUUAAUGAUCUCGUAAAUAGAAGCAUGCUCCUGCCUGUCGAGCACAUAGAAGAUAAUGCCAUAUAUGCUUGUCGUGUUCAUGAUAUGGUUCUUGAUAUAAUUUGUUUGUUAUCAAAGGAACAAAAUUUUGUCACCAUACUGGAUAGUAAUGAGAAAUAUUCAUCUUCACAAAGCAAAGCUCGUAGGUUAGCUGUCCAAACAAGAGAUGGAGAGCAGCACAACCAUUUGGUUAACAAGAGCAUGCCAAAAUUGAGAUCAUGUUAUGCGAGCAUGUGUCAUAUAAGUAUGAUGCCACCACUUUCAUGCUUUCAAGUGUUACGUGUUCUAGAUAUGAAAAACUGCAAAUUUCUGGAAAACUGUCAUCUUGAGCAUCUUGGAAAGUCACAUCUGUUGAGAUACUUAAGUCUAGAGAACGCAAAUAUUAGUGAGCUCCCAAAAGAUAUAGGAGAUCUAAAGUUUCUGCAGACACUAGACUUGAGGAACUGCAAGAUAAAAGGAUUGCCGCAGAGUACUAGUUUGCUGAGAAAACUUAAGUGCCUGCGUGUUGGCAGCAUGCGCUUGUGCACUGAUGGUUUUGAACAUAUUUGUAUUGAAGCGCCGAAUUGGAUAGGGAACCUGACAUCCCUGGAAGAGCUAUCUUUGAAAAUUAGUGGCGAAUUUUCUACCUUCGUUGAAGGACUCGGUAAGCUGACAGAGCUGAGGGUGCUAGGAUGUGAUUUAAGGGGACAUUUGGAUGAGCGCUCGAUGAAAACUUUGGUGGGUUCUGUAUGCAAACUUGAGAAAAUCCAAAUCCUACAUCUUGAGGACCUCGAUGAGUGGUCCGGAAUGGAGACAGAUACCUACUGGGCAGGCUACAAGCCCCCUCGGGAACUCCGUGAUCUGUCAAUGUCGAGCACUUUCAGUAGGCUCCCAGCGUGGAUUAAUUCCUCGCUGCUGCCGAACCUCUCCAAACUAAAAAUGGAUCUGUAUCAUUUUGAGGAGCCGGAUGUGGUCAACCUGGGGGGCUUGCCAAAGCUUUGUGACAUGGGAAAUUUGUGGAUAGACUCAUACAUUGAGUCCCCUGAUGGCGCGUUCCCCAAGUUGAGGUACUGCGGGAUACAUGCACCUUUCUGGUUUCUGCCGGGAAGCAUGCGGAGCCUUGAAUGCAUUACGUUUGGCUUCGGCACAAUGUGGUACAUGAGGGAUGCCGUCAUUGAUUUUGACUUUAUUAGUACCCUGGUGAACCUCCCUUCCCUCCGGUGGGUCUUCGCUAAUAUCGACUGCCAUGGUGCCCGUGCUUCUGAUGUGGAGAAGAUGGAGGCAGCUGUGAGGCAAGCAAUCGACAAUCAUCCCAACCAUCCCACGCUUGAUCUCGACAUGAGUGGUGACCCUCGGAUGAUAAAAGAACCAGCCUCCCCUCUUCUGCAUCAUACUACUAGUGUUGGUACGUCUGCUCGGGAGGACAACAAAGAAUCGAGCUCCCAAGAGACACAACAAGAGUUCGACGACGACAAUGACAACCGCAUCAAACAAAAGCCGGAUCUGGAGCAGAAGAAGCAAGAUCAGUCCCAUGAAGGCCAGGCGUCGGAUUCCACCAAGGCAGAGCCGGAGAACCAACGCGAAGCCAACGAUGUCGACCCUGAUGCAGUGGAGAAGUGCUCAUUUCUCGACGUCCACCCCAGCUCUCCUGUCCCUCGCCUCAGUUUUGGCAUGUCUGCUCCAUCACCAGCGCACACAACAACCGCCGGUGUCAGUAACUCUGCUCAGGCGAUCAACGAGAAGGAGGAGGAAGAAGAAUCGCAGGCAGACCGACAGGAACAGCCGGCCGAGGAACACGAAGAAGCCGAGGACGGUUCAGCAGAGACCGUGCACACAGUGGUCGCCACUAGUCUUGCAGAAAGCAGUGAGGCCGCCGCUGCUACGCCUGCUCCUCCUGUGCCCGCUCGACCAAGGUGGAGGCGUUGGGCGUGCUUUAGUUGCCUCAAGUCCGGCAGCAGUUCUUCUCACUAGUGUGGUGCUCUGAAGAUGGCUCAGGACUUCUGAAUAAUUGCGUUGCUGUGGUUAGUGGUCGGUUGAACUGCACUACUUUUGUUGGAACUUCUUAAACUGUUUGUUGCUAUUGUUUGGCUUGUAAUAGGAUACUGUGAUGCGCCAGGUUUUUUGCCCCGUAGUCUAUGUUUGACCUCGAUCGAUUAGGCAUAAACAGCGGGUUUUCCUGGUGGGUUUGAAUUAUCCUUUUCCAUUUACACAUGUUGGUUGUUUCUUUGUCUGAGGAAUGGACUUCGUUGUUUGGGCUAUGCUUA